AUGGGUUAUAAUAACUCUCUGUUAGCUAUUCUUUCAGUUGGGAAUUUGGUACUCCAGUGUGCAGCUCAGGAUGUACCCUCCUUUGAUCCUGAACAUCCACUCCCAACAGUGGUUCCACACAAGCUCGGUCAGCAUCAAGAUCACACAGGACCACUAGACAGACCAGAGCUACUGACGGAUCAUACCCACUUCGUUUCUGGGCCAAACGUCCAUCAACAUCAUCACACUGGCUUCUUCCACAAUGUACCUCCAGCUCCAGAACCCUCAGUGAACAGCUACAUUGCAACCCUCAGCUACGUUGUUGGGCUUAGUAACGAGAGAAUUCCUAAAAGGUUAAUAUUUGCUGUGCUGAAUGGUAAGCGUCUGAGGGGUAGACCAAAGCGAAGGUGGGAAGAUUGCAUUAAAGCCGAUCUGAAGGGACUGGUUUUGGACGGCGAACGGUGGAGGGAGGUAUAUAAUAAGCGAUUGGUGAUGUCGGCAUCUAACCUUCGGGUUCGCUAA